AUGACCGCUUCUCUCCGUCUUUUCAUUCUGUACACUCUCUCCUCUGUUCUGCCUUCUGCAUGCACUGCUCAAUGCGAUGACAACGGAGUCGUCUAUGCAUCUGGAGACAAGUGGAUUCGCAACAACCACUUCUUGGUUACCUGUCGGAAUGGAAACAUUCAGGUUUGAGAUGAAUGCCCGUGAGACAAACUCCCUGCUCUCGUUCAGACUUUGAAGUGUGUGACUGACAGCGGACACCUUCUAGAUGUCGGCUCGAAGACGUUCGUUGAGCACGGAUACGAGUACACUUGCUCGCACGCGGCAUCCACCGAACACUUGAACACCAACUCGUGCCCCACUUUCGCCGAUUUCUCCGAUGACAUUUUCAAGGAUCGAUUCGCGAUUUGUUGCAUUUCUCGUCGGUUCAAAGGAUGCGUGGACGUGAACGGGGAUAUUGUGAAGCACGGAUAUUUCGUGAUCGGCAACAGAAGUCUCAAGUAUUGUCGGGUUCAACCCAAUCAGCUGACUGUUAGAAUCGAGCCGAAAGGUAAAAGGAAGUGGGAAAGUUUAGAGAAAGAAAUGAAAAGUUCAGGAUGUUUCAAUGGGACCACAAAUGAUGACGUCAACGACGAGGACUUGCACAUCAAGAAGUACGCGGUCUGGAGGGAAGGUAGCCGAUUCUGGAGUUCAAUUUCAAGCUCUCUUUCUCUAUUUUUAGGAGACGUCGAGUAUCGUUGUGGUGACGAAGGCGUUCAAAUUCAGAGAUGUUUCCCAAAAGAACUGAAGAACAAGCCGGUUUGGGCAGGAACUGCGUGGAUUCAGGAGGACGGACUCGUCAAAACAUGUGGAAAAAUACACUGAAAAGUUGUUGUUUUGCGUGCAAUGAAGUGUUAUUUGAGUCUGCGUCAGUUGAUCAAUGAGCAAACAAAAGGGAACAUGCGGCGGGCGAUAAGAUAAGGAAAGGAAAGGGAGGUCCCCAGGGAAUAGUUGCCCACACACACGCACUGGUCACUUGACCCUGGAAAAUGACACGAAACGCUUUGAUUCUAGCUCUUCUUCUUUUUAUUUUCAACGGCACCGAGUCCAAGACGAGUUGUCUUCUGGCCACAGGAACUUUGAAAUGUCCGACGAAACCAGAAGCCGUUCGGAAUGUGCACAUCGACUUGUGGGACGAAGACUGUGAGUUUGUUCCGGGGAAACCGUUGAUAAUGGAGGUGAUUCCAGCCCUUCCACUGGAAUCCGAUGAUCUUAUGGGGAGGACUUGGAGCGGCAAGGAGGGAAUGUUCCAAGUGACCGGAUGUGCGAGUGACUUCGGGCCCAUAAACACUCCCGACCCGUACAUUUACAUAGAGCACAAUUGUCCGCAUAGAUUCACAAAUGCAACGGAUCCUAUCCAGGUGAGCAUCCGAUUUCAUGAUGUGCCACUAAAAAAGGGGCUUUCAGAUCGACGUAAUCCCUCUUUUCCUGCCGUCAAUCGUCCGUUUGGGCAACAUUUAUCUGGAUCGAUACCUGGAAGACUAA